CUCGAUCCUAACCGAAAUCUGCUUUCACUCGCCGUCCGUUGCUUUCAUACAUCUAGUUACGGUAGUUAGCAAGCUCAAAGCAGGAGACAACGGACAUGAUUCUUUCUAAACGGAUAGACUAUGAACAUUUUGAGACUCAGUAAGUAACGUUAGCCAGCUAAUACAGUACUGUUUUGACGCUGAUGACUAACAUAAACACAACAAAAAGUUAGCUAACUAUGUUAGCUUAGUCAACUAGCUAGCUGGGCAUUUGUUGUAGCUAGCUGGUCAGAUUUGAGUGCAGUCAUUUACCUUAGCUAGCUAGCAGCAUGUUAGCUACAACAACAGACGGAAGUAACGUUAGUGGCAAUAGCUAGCUAGGCAGCAAACAGUUGGUCCUUUUAUUCACAGGUCUCAAUAUUCGACAGACCAAGGAAGUCAAGGAGGUGAGACCGGUGGCUACAUCAGGGUGAAUCUGCAGUAUUGUGUGAGGUGGGGAAGCUCCAUGCGUCCAUCCAGACUGAGUCGCUCAGCCUCCAACAAGGCCUCGGAAGCCUGGGGCUCCAGUGAUCCUGCUGCCCAGCCGGGGAUGAGGAGGAGGAGUAGUAGGCGGCGAGGGCAGGGUGAAGGGGCAGGGCCGGGCUGGGAAUCUGCUGACUCAAGCAUCGUGAUCUCAGACAAGGCCACGGAUCAUGACCUGGUUAACCAUCACCAUGGAAACCACAGUGUCUCAGAAUGUGGGUCAUCACCGCUAGAGCUGUCAGUCAGCCAGGGAAAGGCUGUGAUUGGUGGAAUGGUGGCGGGGCAGACGGAAAGAGGCGUAGAGUCAGACGCUGAAUCCUGCUGCUCAUUGGACAGCAUUGUCUCUGGCCCCUCCUUCGUGGUUCAGGCCACUCCACUAAGUCUUCCCCCUGGUCUGUGUUUGACCUGUCAGAGACUUCACAGAGAAGCCAAGAGGAGAAGACACCCUCCGCUGGACAAACUAACAGACAACGAUCCCACUUCCUUGUCAUGUGACCAAUGGGUUCUCAUGAAGAAGUGGACACCCAGAAGACCACAGAACGUUAAAGGGAGGCUGUGGAUCCAUCUGGGCCGGAUUAGACACAGAGAGCAGACCAGGGGAGAACAGCCAGCCUGCUCCAGACCACACAUUUUCCUACAGAGGAACCUGAGGAGAUAUGAGAGCCAGGCUGUGAGCAGAGGGAGGAAGAGGAAGAAGAGGUCCAGAGGAAGUCGUCAGAGGGCGGGAACAUGCAUCCAAAGCAACAGUCUCAACCGCAGUGGUCUCCAUAGCAGCGCUCUCCAUAGCGAUCCUGAUGGAAAGGCG